AUGAUGACUUGGCAAAAAAAUCUUGCAGCAACAGUAUUGGGCAUAAUUGCUCACCUGGGUAUAUUCAUUCGAGGAGAAUGGCACCUUCGUGCACCCGGGGUUGUCGUCUGCCAUGUAUCCGCUAUAGCUACAGGUAUCUCCUUGCAUAUCCAUAACCUCCCCGAAGCGGCAAGCUCCAUAGCUGUGUGGUGGCUACAGCUCUUUACAUUAUAUUUGUUUGGCAUGUUUACGACCAUCACAAUCUACCGUCUGUUCUUCCACCGCAUCCGUCACUUUCCCGGUCCUCGUGUUGCCGCCGUCAGUAAACUGUGGAGCGUCUACCAAUGUCGAGAUUCCCGUAAUCACUUGUUGCUGGAUGGGCUUCACAAGAAAUAUGGCAAUUUUGUUAGAACGGGUCCCGCUGAAAUUACUAUCUUCCACCCCAAGGCAUGGGAGGUCAUGGACGGAGCAGGCAAUGCCAACAUCCGCUCCGAUUGGUAUGACAUUGUGCACCCUCGUAUUUCGCCCAUAUUCUCUCGCAAGGAGGAAGAUCACACCGAGCGACGCAAAGUAUGGAAUCGAGCACUGUCAACAAAAUCAAUUCGUGAUUAUCUCCCUCGCAUCCUCCAACAAAUCGGAACGCUAGAAUCAAUCAUUGCAAGUGCAAGCGCUGAUGGCCAACCAGUAGUACCCAACGACAUCAUGCAAUGGUUUGCUUUUGAUUCUAUGGGCGAAUUUGCGUUUAAUGAGAACUUUGGUAUGAUGAAGACUAAGACGUGGCACCGAGCUAUUAUGCAACAGCGAUCUGCACUCGCCAUUCUUGGUUCUCUCAAUCACACCGUUUGGGCUAUUCGAUUGGCGUUCUCUUUCUUGGCCCGCUUUUGGCGUGUCAAGGACUGGAUGGACAUGAUCUCUUUUUGUGAUCAAUGUAUGGAACGACGACUUCGGACUGAGGCUACGCAGUCCGAUAUUGCUUCUUAUUUUAUCAAGGAGUUUUACAAAGGCAAGAAUGAGAAGAAUUGGGUCAGUAAGAAGCAAUUGCUCAGCGGAAACACUGUUUCGGUCAUUGUGGGUGGAAGCGACAUGACGGGUCCGAGUCUUAUCCUGUUGUGGUACUUCAUGGCUUUGUAUCCCGAGCAAGCUGAGCGCGUAUACCAAGAAAUCAAGGAUGUCGAGUCUUCUGACAUUAAUACUCUGGCCAACCUGCCAUGUCUCAAUGGGUUCAUCAAUGAGAGUAUGCGACUGAUUCCAGCCGCUCUUACUAUGGGCAUACGCUUGACUCCUCCAGAGGGCAUGACAAUUGAUGGGACCUACAUCCCUGGUGGAAUCAAAGUUGCCGCACCGAGGUAUACAAUUUUCCGAAGUACGUUUCUUGGCUGGAAGACCGGCUUUCGAUCUCACAAGUCUAACCCAUUUACCACCAUCUUAGUGGAAAGUGCAUUCGAAGAUCCCCUAUCCUUUGUCCCAGAGCGCUGGUAUAGUCGACCAGAAAUGAUCCGCGAAAAGAGCGCCUUCGUGCCCUUUGGUGUCGGUCGCCGGGCUUGUGUUGGAAAGAAUUUAGCUCUUACCCAGAUCCGCCUGGUGGCUACGAUCUUGCUCUCCCGCUACCGGGUCCGUUUUGCCCCUGGUGAAACGGGCGAGGCCGUGGAGCGCGACAUGCGAGACCAGCUCACGGCGCAGCCUGGUCGGUAUGCAGUAGUAUUUGAGCCUCGAGAUCAGAUAGUCUCAACAUGA